AAAAAUGCUUAACUCUACAAAUGGCAAUUCUUCUACAUCAAAUUGGUUUAGAGGAUAUAAAACAUGGUCGUUGACUGGGUACUCACAUAUUUAUUUUGCUAUCGAAGCACCUCUAAACCAACUACCCAUUUACUACGUAAUCUGAUUUAAUGAAGAACACAAAUUUAAAUCCUUUGUAAUUACAAAUAUUUUUGUUCCAUAUCCCACAUUUAACUGGUUAACCAACGCAAUAUCCCUUAGAAUCAACGAAGCACACAAAUUUUAUUUAGCGAUUUAACCCAUUUGCUAUGCAAAUGAAAUUUGUACACAAUUUGAAUAUAAAUGAUGGAAAACGCAAGCAAGUAAAGUGAUAGAAUAUACAAAAAAAAACAAAAAACACACAAAAACCCAACAAUAAAUACAACAAGUACAAUGCCCAAUAAGCCCCCAACGAGCCAUGCGAGCCUACAAGGAGUCAUUGUGCCUGAUGGUCUAGGGAACAAAGCGCAACACCCCAGAGUAUACCAGCAAGAAAAUAUGCAAAUAGCUUAAAAGUCUGGCACAGUUUCGUUUGAAAGCGAGGCGUAAAAGCAAAAGCAGCACACAAAGCAGAGUACAAAGGACGUUCACAAGGACUAAGCGAAACAACACACAAGCACAAAGCAUAGAGGUGGGGAAAAAGUAGUAAAGCAAAGUAAUAUGGAAUACACAUAAGAAUAUGAUUUGGCAGAAUGAUGAGCAAAUAAUGAUGAGCGGGUAUUCUUGAGGUAGUACACAUAAUUGCCUGCAUGAUUGUGGAAGAGUGAAGUGGAGUAGAGUAGAGCAGAGUUGAGUGCCAGAAUCUGAAGUAUGUGAGAAACUGAGAAUAGGAGAAGCUGAAGGGGAAAGAAGCUUUAUUGCCGUUGUAGCAGGAACCUGGCACCUCGCUCGACUACUUACACAUACAUAAGUAUGUGCUUACGAGCAUUUGUGUGUGUGUAUUUGAGCAAAUAAGUUGUGCUCAUUCGUACGACAAGUGCGCAAGAGAGUACACUUGCUCGCGCAUAAAGCUUUUCCUAUUUAUUCACAACCAGUUCCACACGUCACAUAGGUUACACAAUGGAUGCCAUCCAUGCUUACUCCUGAAAAAAUAUGUUGUAUCUUCUCUGAAAACAACUUACUAUUUAAUCACUAUGAGUUCCACACACUAAAUAGGUUCCACAAUCCACAUACGUUCCACACUUCACAUCCUUGCUCGCGCUUCCAAAAAAAGUUCUGCAUCGGCUGUGGCAGUAACUCCCUAUUUAUUUACAACCAGUUCCACUUGACACAUAAGUUCCACAAUUUAAAUACUUGCUUCCUUCUUAAAAAAUUAUGCUGUCUCUUCUCUGAAAACAACUUGCUCUUUAGUCCCAAUGAGCUUCACACCCUAUAUAGUUUCCACAAUCCACAUAAGUUCUACACUUCACAUCCUUGUUCACGUUUGAAAGGAAAGUUCUGCCUCUAUUGUGGCAGUAACUCCCCAUUUACUCACAAUAAGUUCCACACUCCACAUACACAAUUUGUACAUCGGCACAUCGUUACGAGAGCGCACGCAUUUGAAGCACAGUUUCAGCAAAUGUUUCUGCUGUCUUUGUAUAGACGCAAAAUUUCAACUUCUUCGCCCAUUUUCCUCUCGCAGUUUUAAUGUGACAGUGACAACGAAAUACGCUAGCGUCCAAUUGUGGAAACAAUAAGAAACAAAUUCAGAAAAUUUAAGUAAAAAAUAAGUAAAAUUGCAAAUUUAUCAAUUAAAAAUUUUGAAAUAAAAAACAAAACAAAAAGUUACAUAAAUAUUUAAAAUGUAAAUCAGUGUCAAAUUAUUAUUCUGCUCAAAUAAGCAACAGCUAAAUGUUUUUGAAUAUAUCAUAAAAAUUCAAUCAAGCAAAUAAAAAGCACACAAAUCAACAAAAACAAAGUGAUUUGAGAAUUUUGCAAUCUUGUGUGUGAGUGCGUAGUGAAAUUUGUUAGUAAUGGGUGGCGGUGAAGUUAAAGUCGCUACCGUUGAUGUUGAGAGCGGCGAUAAUAUGGCCACACUUCCGGUGUCGCGCUCCCACACGACCGGCAGCAAUGAUAGCGCCGAGAAGAAUAAUGCUGCCAAUAAGGAAAUGGAAUUAAAGAACGUGAUGCCGCAACCAUUGCAAAGGACAUCGUUGUUCAUCGUCACCAGUUUGGUGUACGCCAUCAUUUUGAUUGUUGUUUGCAUUGCCUAUGUGAUUAGCGAUGUGACAACCCACCGUCUGCCAGUGCUCUACUACGAAACGUUCUUCACGUAUUUGUAUGGCGUCAGCAUACUCUUCCUAUUGUAUGUAUUUUGCUUCCUGUUGCAGGAGAGUUCCUGCUGUAAUGGCAACAGUAAACCGAAACCACCACCUAAGGAGAAAAAAUCAAAGAAGAAAGUACCAGAUCCAACCGAUUCGAAGGAUGCGAAGGGUUCCAAGGAUUCUGGCAAGAGCGGCAAACCGAGCCCAUACCAGGAGCGAUAUCCGGUUAAGAAACGUGAUCUGGUACGCCAGUCCUUGUCGCUACAGGAUUCACAAGCUGAGGCUGAGGUCGCCGUAACCACGAAGAAUGUACGAAAACGUAAGACAACCCACAGCGAUCCCACACAUGGCAGCUUCUUCUUGCGUGUGGGCGCCAUAGCUUUUGGAUUGGGCGCCAUGAUCUAUAUUGGACUGGAGUUUGGCUCUUUCUUUGAGAUCCCCUUCGAUUCGCCCUGCCAUCACAUUUUGAUCGGCGUAAAUCCAUUGCUGCAGAUGGUAUUCACCUUUAUGCAGAUGUAUUUCAUUUUCAUGAAUGCCAGACUCAACAUCCACCGCUUCAAGGUGAUCGCCCGCUUUGGCCUCAUGCACGUUGUCGCCACAAAUAUUUGCGUUUGGAUACGUACGCUCGUCAAGGAGUCACUACUCGAAAUCACACUUUAUCAUCAACGUCGUGAACCCGAUCCCGAUGACUCGUCCAUUGCCAAGUCCAUACGUCAGCAUGCAUUGCGUCAUGCUGGUACAGUUCUGCGCACACACACCGGCCCCAAUGAAGAAUUUGAGGUACUGGACGGCGAGGAUUUGCUUCCCGCCAAUGCCUACAAAACUGACAAUGUAAUCUCGAAAUUGGUGCGCAAAACUGUUGAUGGCAUUUCCAAGUCGCUGGGCAUGGGCGCUGCUGCCGGUACGAAUGCCAAUGCAGCGCUCACCACGCUGCUUACAUCUACCGCUAGACCUGCCACCAUUACCACCACCACCACCACCACUACCCCACGUCCCUAUUUCACCACACCAUCAUAUCAGUGGCAAAGUACUACUAUGGCACGCAAGUUGAAGAAGUUUAUCACGAGCACUACAGCUGCCACGACCACCACCACGUUGGGCACCAUGCCUACCACAACACCAACAUCGACUACAAUGCUGGCGAGCAGCCCUUUUACCACAACCACUACCACAACAACCACGACCACUGAGUCACCCUUCAGACAUCACUUUGAGCAUUCGGCAUUUACGACUGGUGCCCCAAGCGUUGCCACCGAUUAUCUUAUGUCCACACAUGGCGCUGUUGCCGAUUUGCCAUCAUCCACCUCAGAGACUAUGUCUUCGAGCAUUGGUUCGGGCAUUGCCUCGUUCUUUAGUAAUUUAGUCUCGUCAACGCCUAGUACCACCGUCACCACAACCACACCCUCCACUACCACUGAAAAUGCUUUGAAUGUCAUGACUAAUUUGCUUGGACCCGGCAUGAAUAAUUUCCAAACUUACUCGGGCAUCUCACAUCCGGAAUCGACUGGUGUUGUGAGUUUUGAAAAUCUAGAGAGCCUCGAUAACAUCUAUCCCGCCGCAUUAUCCUCCAACAUUGGCACUUUGAACUCAACCGCUUGUGGACGUGUCGAUAUUAUGGGCACUAUAGUCUACGACUCGGCACCCUUCCUGUAUCCCUUCAUUAUCGAGUACUCACUGAUCGGCGCUGUUGUAUUGUAUGUUAUGUGGAAGCAUAUCGGUCGUUAUCCGGGUCGUAUGAACGAUGAGGAUUUGGAGCAUCGUUUGGAAGUGAUGUUGUCACGUCGUGCUGUGGCAAUGGCACAUCAGGCUCGUUCGGGUCGUGUCGAUUGCGUGGGCUCGUCAAAGGGGUUGUUCUUUGGUCUGUUGUUGUUGGUAGGUGCAUUGAUCUGCCUGAUACUCUUCUUCGUCUUGGUGCGUCAUCAGCAGUUCUCGCUGCUAGCAAUUUACCUAGCCGACGCAAGUCACUGCAUACUCAUGGCAUUCGCUGUGCUCGCCAUCAUCAUCGGCUUUAUAAGAGUUAAAAAUCUUAAAUUCCGUUGCGAAGAGCAAUCCAAUCUCAAUGACAUUCUACUACGCAUCUCCGCUUUUGGUCUUUUCACCUAUUCGGUGUUUGGUGUCAUAGCCGGCAGUUUGAAGGCGCUCGAGAGCGAACCGAAUCUUCUAGUCAUGACCACAAGCGCCGUAGCGGUAUUCCAGGUGAUCUUGCAAUUGCUCUUCAUAGCCGAUGUUUCCCGUCGUCGCGUUCACUUGCCCGAGCAUGACCGCAGCAAACCGGGCCGUCAGAUUGUCACAUUCCUAUUGAUCUGUAAUGUGGCUAUGUUUGCUAUUUACACAUUUGAAGCUCAAAAAGUAUUCGCCAAUCCUGUAAGUAGAUAUGUUCAGCUUGACUUUUACGGCUUUGUGCCAUGGUCAAUAAUUCAACGCGUCACACUGCCACUCUGCAUUUUCCACCGCUUCCACAGCGCCGUAACACUCGCCGAAAUCUGGAAGACAACGUACAAGGCACGCCUCGAAUAAGGAGACACGACGACGCUCCAGCUAAAAUUGUACUGCAUAAGCAAAUAGAGAGUGGAUUAUGUAGAGUGCCCAAAGAGUAUUUAAAGCGAAUAGCAAAAUAGCAAAGAAACUGCCAAACUGCAAAAAAGGUACCAAAAACAAAACAAAAGGAAGCAAAGGAAGCAAUGGAGGUAAAGGGAGAAAAGAAAGAAAUUGGGAAAACAAGUGACGACGAAAAAAUGAAUGUCUAAAGAAACAGUUGAAUUACACAGCAUAAUUUAACACUGAAGCAGCGUAAAAGAAAAUGAAUAAUUUAAAUUUAUUAAAAAGUGACAAAUUCGAUUGUGUGAGAAGGAUAAAAUACAUAGAAAGUAAAAAAUAAUUGCACGAAUAACCCUGAAAAAACAAACAAAAACAAAAAAACAAUUCUAUAAGGUAGGGAGGGCUAAGGAUGUUGUGAAGUCAAACAUAUUGAACCACUAAGCUGUUACUCGCAUACAACACCACAUUAUCACCCCACACCGACACACACACACACGCCACAUAUUCAAACAACCGAAAAUAGACACUGGCAUAUGCCAUGCCAUGCUAUACUACAUACACGAACAAACAUACACUCAGCAAAGUAAUAGUAAGGACAAGUAAAAGUAAAAUCAUCCAAAGCAAAAUGGCAAGCAAACGAUUAAGGCGAAUCAAAUUAUGUAUUGUAGCCGCAUCUGCGCAUCUGAAUUAGAGCAGACAAAAAAGUUGUAUAUUUAAGUCUAAUGUUAAGAUUUUACUUAUUAAUUAUUACAAAUAAAAAAUGGAAAAUGAAAAAAGCAACAUAACAAUUAUUAAUUAUGAACUACUUACAUAGUUAAGCGAGUACAAUUUUUAGAUUUCCACGAGUGUGUAAAACUAAUUUUUAAAAAGUCACCGAAAUAUUUUUAUUUAUUAUUCUUAACCUACUACAAACCGGAUGAAAACAAUUUGAAAAAGCAAACAAUAAAAAAAAAAAUUAUUUACAUAGAACUUCGUUAUGAAGUGGGGAGUAAAAAACAACAAUAAAAGAUUAAUUAAUAAUUUGAAUGUUACCCCAUUGAUGGUGUAGCAGUUGCGAUAACUUUUUUGUUUUUGUUUUUGCUAAGUCAUAUUUUUAAAGUAAGCUGUAGUGGAUGCUAGCAGCCACGCCCAUUAGAGUGCAAACACUCAUUUGUAUGGCCGCAAAGCGACAAUUUAUUAGUACUUAAAUAGUAAUGAUUUCAUAUUUGCACUUUUCAAAUUAAAGAAAGCGAAGAAUGGGGGAAAAAUGAGUUGAUGGCGGCGGAGAUUUACGAACGAUAUGUAAUUUUUUGUGUGUAUAUUUUUUUUCCGAUGUUUUAUUCGGUCUUCCUUUAAUUUUGGUUUAUUGAUAUUAAAUUUUGUGUAUCUGUCGAAUAUUUUUGGAAUUUCCUUUAUUUAAAAAAAUUAUGCUUAAAAAGUUUCUAAAUAUUUGUUUAAUUUUUUACUGAAUUUUCUUUUAAAAUUUGUUUAAGUUUUUUGCCUUUGUAAUAUAUCUAAGUCUUAUAAAUGUUUGUUCUUUAAUGUAAAAACAAAUUCAAAAUUUUUUUAAAUAUUUUAUUUAACUUUCUUUUAAAACUGUUAAGAUUUUGUUAUAGCUUUAAGCCCCUUUAAAAUUUCUAUUUCCGUUUUUAUUUAAAUAAAGGUUUGUUUUUGAAUGUCAAAAUAAAUUAAAAAUUCUUUCACAAUAUUUCAAAAUUUUCCUUAAUAUUUUAUUUAAAUUUAUUUUAAAAUUGCUAACAUUUUAUUACAGUUUUUAUGCCUUUUUAUUUUUCGCUUUGUGUGCAACUAAGUGCUCGCUGUUUUUUUGAUGAAAAUACAACUUUAUUCUGAAAAAAUGGUUGCAAGUGAAUUAUUGAAAGUAUUGCCCAUAGCUGGCUAUUACUUCUUCCCAUCUUUCUCGUGGAUCUCGUAUACCAUCGCGGUAAAACUGUUCAUCUUUUGAGGCUAUUAACGAAUCAAGUCAUUUUUUGAUGUCUUCAUAUGAAUGGAACUGCUGGUCAGCUCGACUAUGUGCCAUCGAUUGAAACAGGUGAUAAUCGGACGGCGCAAUAUCUGGAGAAGAGGGCGGGUGGGGUAUGAUUUCACAUUUCAGUGUUUCCAGGUAGGUUUUAACGGGACUCACCUUGCCAAGGCCGAGCGUUGUCAUGCUGUAUAAUCACUUUUUCAUGCCUCUCUGCGUAUUGCGGCCACUUCUCGUGCAGUGCUCGGCCCCAGUGAUGGUUUCACUUUGUUUUAACAGUUCAUAAUAAAUAACAUCCAAACUUGGUCCCACCAAAUGCAUAGCAUCACCUUCGCAGCGUGCAUAUUCGGGCGAGACGACGACGUAGAAGCAUAACCGGGCAGUCCCCAUGACUUUCUUUUCUUUGGAUUGCUGUAGUGAAUCCAUUUUUCAUCACCCGUCACGAUGCGAUGAAGAAAGCCCUUUCUUUUUCGCCGCUGGAGCAGUUGUUCAAAGGCGAAAAAACGACGUUCAACAUCCCUUGGUUUUAACUCAUAAGCAACCCAAGUCCCCUGUUUCUGAAUCAUUCCCAAAGCAUGCAAUCGCUUGGAAAUGGAUUGGCGGGUAACGACUAAUACUGAAGUAAUCUCUUCUUGCGUUUGACACGGAUCCUCAUUGAUCCUCAUUGAGCAAUGCCUCCAAUUUAGCGUCUUCGAAGGUUUUCGGCCUUCCUUCUCGCGGGUGGUCGUCAACAUUAAGAUCACCGUCUUUGAAGCGACGGAACCGAUCUCGUCACGUUAAUUCACUUAAAGCAGCAUCUCCAUACACUUUUUGCAGCUCUCGAUGCGCUUCAGCCGCUGUUUGCUUCGAAUGAAUGAGGAAAAUCAACACUUCCCGCAAAUGGCCAUUAUUCGGCACAAAAUCAGACAUUUUCACAAAACCAAAAGUAUAGGGCACCAAAACGAAAUCAGUAAUGUGUGUGAAUCGGAGUCUUUUCCAUAAGUGUAAGCUUGGUUUAUGAUGUUUAGGUUAUGUUAGAAUCGACUACCACCUACUGCUGGCAGCAUCGAUUGACAAACAGCGGGAGUUAGUUGCGCACCUAAUAAAAUAUUAUGCUUUGUUCUCAUUUUUCUGUUGGUUUCUUAUUUUUUUUUUUUUUUUUUGUGUUUGAGCCAUUUCUCAAUUUGAUAUAUUUACUUGAAUUUUUGUAAAUUUUUAUUUUGCCUCCAUUUUGUGUAAAAAUAUUUUGUGAUUAUAUUUUAAUUAUUGUUUAUUUAAUCUUUUUUCAUAUUUUUUUCUUAGUAUUUUAUAUUUAUAUUUUGUUUUUGUAGUAUUUUAAAAAAAAUGUGUAUCAAAAGGGGCAAAAAAAACCAAUUGAAUAAAAAAAGCAACGGAAAAAGAAAAUUUCGAUUAAAAAAAAUAUAAAUGAUUUAAAAAAAAUAAAGAAAAGUUUUAAAAUAUUUCCUUUUCAUUCGAAUUUUUCGAUUCGAGACUUCUUAUUUUAUUUCUCACAGGACUAACUAUCUGUAUCUCUGUCUCUAUCCUUUCCGAUCUCUUUCUCUGAUACUUUUCUCCUUCCCUCCUUGACUACAAAUCUACCCCCUUUCCAGAGCCUUAAAUAUAAUGGGCUUUUUAGCCUGAGUGUUUUAGGAGCCACCAAAUCUCCUGGUGCUCCUUGGCUCGACCUUUUCAUUUUUCUUAUUUUAUUUGUUUUUUGUCUGAUUUAAUCCUAUAAGUUUUAAAUUUAUAUUUCAAUUUUUAUAGAUUUCUGAUUCCUAUGAAAGGAAAUAUGUCCUUAAUUGUAUUGGGAAAAUAAAAUUCAUUGUUA